UUUACAAACAAGCUGCUUCCAGUCGGCAUUCUGAGUUAGCGCGUGCUGUGGAGCUAAACGUUAUUUUCCGUCAUUUGUUUGGGCUUUAUUUCGGACAAAGACUGCCAACAACGAGGUUUCUGCACCAACAGCACAUGACAACUUUUAUUAGAUGUCAUUCCAGUUAGUUUUGCCAAUUAGCUGCAGUUAGCUAACAGUUAGCUAGCUCAACAGAUGUUCUGCAGUAUGGCUGUGUGAUUCAUCUCAACAGGUGUUGGGUACAGCGAGGAAAACUAUCGCUGGAGGUUCUUCAGCGGCAGCUGUCCUGAAGACAGUUGUAGGCUAAUGGUCUCUGUUUGUUCGGCCAGGCUAGCUCUAGUUAGCUGUGAUGUCUGCUCAACUAGCCGGCUGUUAACGUCAGUUAGCCAAAGUUUGUCACACUUGUGUCAUGCUCCUCGGCCGCGUCACUAUCAGAUCGACGUGUUCAAAAAUAACUUGUUUACAGAGGACUUAUUCUAUCAAUGAACUAUCAUUCAGCAGGCUGCGUACCAUAUCUACCAGUCACCGUCUCAACGUCAGCGCCUUGAAGACAUUUGCACACCGGCCCGGAGUUAAGGUACAGUCCUGUCUGUAUCAGCGAACAGUGUGUGAUAUGCAGACAGCCAAUAUCUCCUCACUUCUUAAAGAGAGCACUGCCAUUGCCUCAGGUGAUGAUGAUGAUGAUGAUGAGGAGGAGGAGGGUGUGGUUGGAAAGGAGAGCUGGACAGAAGAUAGGGAGCUAAAGAAGAUGAUGGUGCUGAUUGCAGGUCAGGUGGAUGCAGUCACCAUGGAGGGCCAGCCAGAGUCCACAGAGUCAGCUCCAGCAGGAUCGAGUGAGAAGAAGACAAGGAGGAAGAUGAGAAGGGAGAAGAGGAAACUGAUGAAGAAACAGCUCAAGUCUGCUGACACUAUGGACAAUUUCAUGUCCGAGCUUCCGUUUUCACUAACCAGCCCCACCACAUGGAAAGAGCUAGGAUUCUCCAGCUCAGAGACAACCCAGAAGAAGAGAAAGAGGAAGAGAGGAGACAGUGGAGGACGAGUGGACAGUGAAGAGGAUGCAGACAAGAAGAAGAAAAAGAAAGAGAGCCAGCGACCUAACUACUUUGUCUCCAUCCCCAUCACUAACACACAGAUCAGCUCAGCUGUGAGCGAGGUCCAAGAGGCGAUUCUUCAGCAGGAGCCACGAUUGGCCAAAGCCAUGAUCCCUGUCCCGACUCUCCACAUCACGCUACUAGUCACUCAUCUCGCCAGUCAGGAGCAAGUAGACCUGGCGGCAUCCAUGCUGUCUCAGCUUAAGCCUUCAUUGGCUGAGCUGCUGGGUGGGCGGAAUCUAGUGCUGCCCUUCUCAGGGAUCAGUCACUUCAGGAAGGAGGUGGUGUUUGUUGGGCUGGCCCCUGGACAACACAGACACACUCUGGACAGUCUAGCAGAGUUGUUGCGGAGCCGUUUUGAAGAGCAGGGUCUUCUGCAAGAAGGCAAUCGUGGGUUUGAACCCCACCUCACCAUUAUGAAGCUGUCGAGAGCAUCAAAACUACGAUCUCAGGGUAUAAAACGUGUGGACCCAGCUCUCUAUUCCAACUAUACAAACAAGUUUUUUGGAGACCAAACAGUUGAGCGGGUUGAUCUUUGUUCCAUGUUGAAAAAGAAGCAACAAGAUGGAUAUUACCACACUGAGACUUCACUACAACUUGAUUUGAACCCACUCCAUGCCAAACGCACAAGUGGGCGUCGCCGGUCUGAGCCCGACGAGGCGGAGCUACUGAGAGUCAGCAGGCGAUUGGUGGAGGAUGCAGUCAAUCGCGCCUUGCAACAGUACAAACAAGAAACACUUCAAAAUGGGGGUGGGCCUAAUGCCACGGCGCCGCAGCCCCCUGGAAACACUGACGAACCUGCAACAAAGACAGACACUACAGCUAACUCCACCACAGACAAUAGGAAGUGACAUCAUUGGACUGAGGUAAAGAGACUGAAAAAACAGCCGCCCAGAAAACAUCAGCCAGGCCUGGCUAACAAGGCGAAGAGUCAGUAAGCCCUGGGCACAAAGCCUGAACCAGCCAACCAGUCAGAAGCCCAGUUUGCUGACCAGCUAACCCAGCUAGCCAACCACAACAGUUAGCGCGUCAUGCUAGCUGCCUGCCCAACUGACCUAGCAUGACACAAUAGAUAAUGUAGCUUGAGUUCAGUGCUAAGUGACCGUCCCAACAGGCCAGCAAGCUGCCUGUUAGUUAACAUACAAGGAUAUCAUCCCUCGAUCCUCACUCAGCUGUGGGUCUGUGUUUGCACGCCAAACCCAGAGACCAUAUGUGAAGCACUCCUCUAGAGACACACUUGCACGUGUAGGGUUCACUUUGACCUGCCAACCACAAAACUGCCCUUUUAGACUAAGAUAUCAUAUUUUGUAGCAAUGUAUUCUCAUGAUUGGGUUGUAUACCAAAACUUUUACAGCCCGGUUCUCAAGAUAGUUCUUAGGAUAUCCUACACAAUUGGACCAGUUGCUGUUUUUUUCUACUUGGUUAGACUUCAGCAGCAAACUACUUGGUUAAGGUUAGGGAAAACAACAGGGUUCGGGCUACUUCUGUACAUAAGUUCCAACAGUACAAGAGCACAAGUCUCUUGGGUGAAAGCUGUAGGUUGGUUUGAUCUAUCCACCACUACUCCUGCCCGUCCCACAGGGGAUAUACGUGGCUUUCAUACUACUUGCUAUGUCACUGGACAAAAUUUCAGUGCAUUCACUUUUCAUAGGAAUACCUACAAAGCGUUCAUGAGAAUAGCUUGUUCAUAAACAGUUUAGUUUACCAUCACCCUCAUUAAAAAUGGGACUCAAUAUCUUCAACUUUCCCAUGAAAACAACUUCUUUCUUCUUUACUUUUAUUGUUUCUAAUAUUUAACUUUUCUUUUAGCAUGUUUCUCUCGAAAAUCAGUGCUGCCUUCAUUGACAAAAGAUUAUACAUCUGCUUAUCUUCGUGGCUGAAGAAAGUAUGUUAACACUGAUGACAGAGUGUGUCCUGCCGAGACAGUACUGAGACAAUCACCAAUUUAAGAUCAGUUCUAUGCUAGGAAUUCACAUUUUUAAAUUGAAACUAUGUGCCAGCCUUUUAUAACCCAAUCUGGACUCUAUUGGGUCCACAAACACUGUGGGAACAUAAACACUGGUAUCCCCUUAUGGCGUGAAUUUAUCUCCACACUAACGGCACUAACUUUACAAAGAGUAAAUUGGAGUUUGUUAAAGGUAUACUAUGCAAGAUUUUCCAACAAAACAAUGUAUAGAGUCAUAUGUUUCAUGGCAUCAGCCAUCAGCGCAAAGCUAUGAAAAUAGCAAAGUGUUGAAAAAAAUGCAAAUAUAGCGAGGUGAACCACCAAGGAGACAAAGCUUGUCCCAAAAUAAGAGUGAAUCUGGGGUUUGAUUUUUUUUUUUGUUUACAAACAGGUAAGUGACAAUUCCUGCAUAGUAUACCUUUAAAUGUGUAUGCUAAAGAUAAAAUAACACUCCAUCAAUACACUAUAAGUUGCCAAGAAAGCAUUUUUACUCCAUUUAUGCCAAAACCUCCAUUAACUACCUGGGUGCUUGUCUCAAUGAAAACUACGUGAUAGGCUAUUAUUAUAACAGACAUGCAUUAAUUUCAUAACUCUGCAUCCUGCCUGAUCAUAUAUAGAUGUAAUUAUUUUUUGUUUUUGUUGACAUAUUUUAUUGUCUUUUUGUUCUGUGAAAUGAAUUUAAAACAGCAGGUCUCCACAGACAGUCUGUUUGAGGCUCAGUGUUCAUAGGAAGUAUUUAUGCUGAUCUGAGGAGCUUUUAUUUUGAAGUACUGUACACGCAAGAGCAUUUACAGCCAAGUGAGUUCUUUAGAUGGUGAUGCUGAUGUCGGGGAGGUUAACUCAGACAAUCGCUGCUGUCAGCUGAAAACCCUCCGGCUUUUGAUUUCAGUGUCUUCCAUCCAUUUAUUUUUUGUUAAACUUGAAAAUGAAAUUGGCCUUUUCAUGCUCUGCGUUUGACCCCAUAGCUCAUGAAAUUCAUUCAGAAACACACGGCCGUCAGUGUGAAAUUAAGGGGGAUUGUCUGAAUAUUUGUUCAAAAACUUGACUUCCUGGAGAUGAGGUUUUCCACUGACAGCAAGAUGAUGAUGAUACAGCUAUGAUUCAAAGUGACUGGUUUGCUCUCUGAUAUUAAACGUUAUUUUAUCCUUUCUACUAUUAUUUAUGAUGUAUUGAAGCCAAUUUCUGCCAGUUUGAUUAAAAAAAGAUCUUUUCAUAUCAUUAUAAUGUGAAACUUUCUGGAAAUAAUGACUGUAGUUUUGGAGAAAGUUUCUUAUUAUACUGAGACAACUAAUUAUUUGUUUUCAUUAUUAUUAUUAUUAUUGUUAUUAUUAUUAUUAUUAUUUUGAAAUACUAAUGCAUUUUUUUUUUAAACAAACUUGUUAUUGUGUGAUACUAAGUCAUUAUUUUGAAAAACCAACUAAUUUUGAGCUACUAAGUAUUUUGACAUGUUCUCAUAAAAAUUACUGACAGGAUCUUUUUUUCAUCACAAUGCUGUCUUCACUUUAUUAUUUGUCCUUUACUGGCGGAUAUUGACUUCCGUAAUAAUGCUUUGUUGUCUCUGUUAAGAAAACUUAAUUUCAUGUUAAAAGAUGUUUAAUUUUAAUUCGAGAAAAAGAGCAUUCAGUUUGCAUUCAAAGGUGAAAAAGCACAAAAUGAUUUUUUUUUUUUUAAUUUCACUUUUUUAUGUGCAGGUUAAUAUAUACAUGCUGUUAAAUCAAAUCACCUCUGUUCAGAGUGGCCUUAAGUCACUAAAACAAAUAGAUUUUUCUGUAAGUGCUUAAGGUGACAAUGCAUAGAUAACAUUUUUAGCCAAUGUGGGUAAUGAUGGCUCAUUUUUCUGUGAGAUUUACCAAAGUCUCUUAAAUGUAAACCUGUGGCUAAAGAGUUGGAUUCUUGAGUUAAAUGUUAAAAAUUGUCCACAAUUCAUGUCAUCUGUAUAAAAAUAUACAUCAGUGUUUGAAAAACAGCUCAGAUUUUCAGCCAAGUGAGGUCUAUUUCGCUGUACAGCAAACAGGUGUGAGCUCGAAAAUGUGCUCCCAUCCCUGUGAAAUCCACUUAAGUCCUGUCACUGUGGGCUCAUUCAAACGUCAAUAACAGAGGUGAAUUCUGUCUUAAGGUGGACUUUGAACGUUUUCACUUUGAUCUUUUGUCAUCACCGGAUCCUUAAUCUCCUUAAAAUCCCCUUUAAUACACAAGUUGUCCUGUUGGCCUGUUUGUUAGUCUGUUCACCUGUCUCUGAGAGCAUGUCUGUGUGUGUUUCAGAGUGUGUGACUGUAGGAUGUUUGAUCAAUGGUUCCCCAGAGAAAUUCUUGUCUCUAUCAAUCAUGACAACUCAGAGCUGUGUGAUGUGUGUGUGCCUGUGUGUGAGCGUAUGUACAAAUUUGUCUUUUCUGUUUGUCUUUCCAUUUGUCCAUGUGUACGUCUGACCAGGUGGGCGUGUUGGUUGUACUGUGUUGUAUAUCUUGUUCUGCCAUAUUUGAACAAUAAAACAGGAUAUGAGUCUCAAAACCAA